AUGUCUCUUUGGGUGCUUGACGUGAUUGCCCUUCUCCCCAAGAAAUGGCAGGAAUGGAUACUCCCACCAUCGACCAUCCCAACCGUUCAAAAUGAUCCGUCCAAGGUUCAGCUAAGCCGCAUUGCGCAUGUAUACUUCGAGCACGGCGACCUGGAAGCGUUUGAUAAGUUCGCUAAAGACUUUGGCUUCAUCGAAGCAGAGCGCAAAGGGAACAUCAUCUACUACCGCGGUUAUGGCAGAGACCCCUACGUCUAUGUGGCUUCUCAGAGCUCUACACGGAGAUCUCGAUUCAUGGGAGCUGCCUACAUCGUAAUAGAUGAAGAAAACUUCAACAAAGCUGCAAAGCUACCGGGAGCCACACGCAAAUCAUUGGACGAUGCUCCCGGUGGCGGCGAAAUGAUCACAUUUGCGCGCCCCAAUGGAACAUACUUGUAUGUGAUAUACGGUCAGACUGAGCGCAAGGUGGAUGGACCAGAUCUACCAUCGGCCACACACGAAUUCCAGGGACCAUUCAAUACGCCGUUUGAAAAGCCCCGCAAAGGGCAGUUCCAGAGAUAUCGCGAUGGCCCUGCUCUGGUGCACAAGCUCGGCCACUACGGAUAUGUGUGCAAGGAGUUCGAAACAGAAUUGGAGUUCUACACUGGAAACUUCAAUUUCGUCCACUCCGACAUCCUCAAUAUCCCGCAGUUCUCUCCGAUGGAUGUUAUGACGUUCAUGCAUCUCGACCUGGGCGAGGAGUUUACGGAUCACCAUACGUUCUUUUUGCAACGCGCUUCGCCGACGGUUCGGGAAACAUUCGUUCAUCACACUUCGUUUGAAGUGGCCGAUUUUGAUACGCAGUUGAUGGGACACCGCUAUCUUGCAAACAAGGGAUGGAAAAGUGUCUGGGGAGUGGGACGGCAUAUCCUGGGAAGUCAGAUCUUUGAUUACUGGUAUGACACCUCUAAGUUCAAGAUUGAACAUUAUGCCGAUGGCGAUGUGGUGAAUCAGGAGAAUCCAACACGCAGAGAGCCACUUGGCCCGUUGUCUGUUUGGGGUCCUGAUUUGCCGAAGGACUUUGGAGAUAACAAAGCUGGCUAA